AAAGAGCAGGUCCGACAGUAGGUGAGACACUACACUUUGCCUAGCAGCAUCACAGCCAGCCCAACUCUUCUUCUCCAACCCAAAUCAAUCAACAUGCGUUUCCAAGUUCAGAUUUUAUUGGUGGCUGCCGUCUGCGCUGCGGCUUUGUUCAACGGAGCCUGUUCAGCCCCGACGACGAGCGAUGCGCUGCUGGAACCAACAUCCCUCGACUUGGAGAGGGCUACUGCUGUUGACGACAACGGAGAAAACGAUGAAAAUCCAAUCCUCAUUUUUCUAGCCAAGUUACUUAUCAAACAAAUCGGAUGCGCUGCCGCAAAGGCCAAAGCUGAUAGCUGCGGCCGUCGAGAGCUGUCGGUGAUUCCUUCGGUUCCUUUGGUGCCUUUGGUUCCUUUGGACCGCUCACCCGAAGACGACGAAUUUGAUCAAGUGAGUUUUAGCUGCAGAUUAGCCAAAUUCAUUCGCAGGUUUUGCUAAACCAAACCAAACUACCAUCGAUUUGAAUGGCGAAUUUUUCCCGCGUGACGCUCGACUGACCAGCAAGAUCAUUCCCAAUCACAAUUGUUGCAGCAUAGUGGACCAUGUCUGUGUUUCACU